CAGCAGAAGAAGCCGUUACCUCAGCAUAGACGAGCCGCACGACACGGGGCAGUGGACGUGUGGACUGGCCGCAGCACCGAUGUCGCGCUGUUAUGGCCGCAGAGCGAACGCUGGUAGACCGUAAUGUCUGAAGCUGCCUUAGAGGAGCUUUUAGUCUUAUCCUCCAUUUACUGUGGACCAGGGGAGUUCCAGCUGCUCCAACAGUCCGCAGAUGGAGUCCUGUUCCAGAUCAACAGCGCCGUCGGAGGUCACGUGGGGCCAGACGUGAGCCUGUCGUUUCACCUGCAUCCCAGCUACCCCGCCUGCCUCCCAGGAGUCUCUGUGUCCUCCACCCGCCUGUCGAGGUCUCAGUGUCAAUACGUCCGACGGGAGCUGCUGGAGCGAGCUGCAGCCUUGCCGCGAGAAGCCAUGGUUCAUCAGCUCGUGGAGUCCCUGCAGUGUAUGGAGCUGACGGAGGACUACGGAAGAGGGGAGCAGAGGGUGGAACAGAGGGAUGAAGAGGAGUGGACCUCAGUGCUGUUGUUGGACCAUAUCCGGUCUAGAAAUCAUUACAUCAGACUGCUGGAGCGAUGGACCCACCAGUUGCAACUAACUGGGAGGUUGUUACUAGGAAGAAGCAUACUGGUUAUCCUGCAGGGAGCCAGACCUGACAUCAAGGAAUUUUGUAGCCUGUUAAAGACCGUAAAGGUGGAUGUGGAUUCUUCAGGAAAGAAGUGCAAAGAGAGAAUGAUGAAGGUUCUCAUUGAAACUCCUUUGACUUCUUCUAGUGGACAUAGAGUCCAGGGUUUGGUGGUGAGGGAGUACCUGUCGUUACCAGAGCUGAGUGCAGCCUUCCAGGAACUUCAGCUGAUUGAGCUGUAUGAGCAGAUACUGCCAUCACUGACAGAGUGGCAUCAUACAGGUUCAGAGUGACCAUGAGCAACA